AUGCUCGCAGAGGCGGCCGAGGAGGGCGCCGCGGAGCUCGUGAGCGACCGGCCCGAGUCGCAGGUCGCCGACGCUGCCGCGCCGGCCGCGGUGCGCGGGCUGUCAGGCGAGGAGCAGGCUUGCUUCCUGGGCUGGUGUCUCGCCGGCAGCGUGGUGUUGUUCGUGCUCUCGGCGGCCUACGGAGCGCUCAGGGUGUGGGACCAGAAGGUGCGGCAGCCGCGCCUGCAGGCCGAGGUGGAGGCCAAGCGCCUGGCGGAG